GCUUGCUGUGGUUUCCUGCCUGCCCCCUCCACAUCCAUGCCUAUAUAAACCCUGACUCUCCCUCUCCGCCGCACUACUGCCUUGUGUCUCGAUCCUCAACGUCAGCCGCAGGACAAGCAGACAAGAUGCGUGAGUGUAUUUCUAUGCAUGUCGGCCAAGCCGGAGCCCAGAUGGGCAAUGCAUGCUGGGAGCUGUACUGCCUGGAACAUGGGAUCCAGCCAGAUGGACAGAUGCCCUCGGACAAGACUAUUGGAGGAGGGGAUGACUCCUUCAACACCUUUUUCAGUGAGACAGGGGCAGGAAAGCACGUUCCCAGAGCGAUCUUUGUCGACCUGGAACCUACCGUCAUUGAUGAGGUGCGUACAGGAACCUACCGUCAACUGUUCCACCCCGAGCAGCUGAUUACAGGAAAGGAGGAUGCAGCCAACAAUUAUGCCCGAGGACACUACACCAUCGGCAAGGAGAUCAUUGAUCUCGUUCUGGACAGGACUCGUAAACUGGCUGAUCAAUGCACUGGUCUGCAGGGAUUCCUAAUCUUCCACAGCUUUGGUGGAGGCACUGGCUCGGGUUUCACCUCCCUGCUGAUGGAGAGACUCUCUGUUGACUAUGGAAAAAAAUCAAAGCUUGAGUUUGCUGUCUACCCAGCCCCCCAGGUUUCCACUGCAGUUGUGGAGCCUUACAACUCCAUCCUGACCACCCACACCACCCUGGAGCACUCCGACUGUGCCUUCAUGGUGGACAACGAGGCCAUCUACGACAUCUGCCGCAGGAACCUCGAUAUUGAGAGGCCGACCUACACCAACCUGAAUAGGCUCAUCGGCCAGAUCGUGUCUUCAAUCACAGCCUCACUUCGCUUUGACGGAGCCCUGAACGUUGACCUGACAGAGUUCCAGACCAACUUGGUGCCCUACCCACGUAUCCACUUCCCUCUGGCCACCUACGCCCCGGUCAUCUCUGCGGAGAAAGCCUACCAUGAGCAGCUGUCGGUCGCCGACAUCACCAACGCCUGCUUUGAGCCAGCCAAUCAGAUGGUGAAGUGCGAUCCUCGUCAUGGUAAAUACAUGGCCUGCUGUCUGCUGUAUCGUGGUGAUGUGGUGCCCAAAGAUGUAAACUCUGCCAUCGCAGCCAUCAAGACCAAACGCACCAUCCAGUUUGUGGACUGGUGCCCCACAGGCUUCAAGGUUGGCAUCAACUAUCAGCCUCCAACUGUGGUUCCUGGUGGAGACCUGGCCAAGGUGCAGAGGGCCGUGUGCAUGCUGAGCAACACCACAGCCAUCGCUGAGGCCUGGGCCCGUCUCGACCACAAGUUUGACCUCAUGUAUGCCAAGAGGGCCUUUGUCCACUGGUAUGUUGGGGAGGGCAUGGAGGAGGGAGAGUUCUCAGAGGCCAGAGAAGACAUGGCCGCCCUGGAGAAGGAUUAUGAAGAAGUUGGCACUGACAGUUUGGGAGAUGAGGAUGAAGAGGGAGAAGAAUACUGAAGAAUGAAGAAUCAUCACACAUUCCAAAAGUUAUCAUGAACGUAAAACAUUCCCAACAACAUUCUGAUAACCUGUGGUGGUGACAUGUCAGUAUUAUCAAUAAAAAGUCAUGAUCCUCAAA